AUGGAUAAUUUCUAUGAUGGCCAUAAUUCAGAUAUAGAAAUAGUUUAAUAUGCAUUAAAAUUAAUUCGUUUUUUUGCCCGUAAUCAAUCUCGUGAAAACAACCAAUAAUACCAAGAUAAUAAAUUUUAAAUCCUUUAAUAACUUGUAAACAAGACCAAAAAACUCUAAGACAUGAAAUCUCCACAAAUAAAGAAGUUCUAUAAUGAUGAAGGUUCUAUAAUAAAUGUAAUACGAGUUUUUUUAACCGAACCUCACCCCAUAUUAAGGUCAAACGCAAUAAAAUUUUUUCGUUUAAUCUUAGAAUCUGAGAAAAUAUCAUUAUAAUAUAUUUAAUAUUCAAUUCCAAUAUUCAUAGCACGUUCAUUGGAAAGAGAAACUAAGAAUUCGCAAGAAAAUCGUUAAAAUACGUCAUCUAGUAGUGCAUAUUAGGAGAUAGAUUAGUCUUUAAAAUUCAUAAAAAAAUGGAUCGAAAUUACGCCAAAAACCUUCCCGAAAUUACUCGCAAAUUCCCUUGUGGCCUUUUCCGAAAAUGCUGACGAAUAGAUCAAAUAAGCUGCAAUUGAAAUUAUAAGAAAACUGGCUGUUGGAAACCCUCAAUUAUGUGCCUGGUCUGGAGGUAUUAAAUUACUCAUAGAGUGUGUAAUUGACCAUUCUUUAUAAGAAUUAUCCGAUCCCAUUAUUCAUACUUUACUUUAUUUACUAAAUGAGCCUGAUUAUAGGAAUUUAGUUAAGGUUUAUUUGGAUUUCCCUAAGCUUUUCGGAGUCUUUACAGAUAUAGAUGCACCCUCAAAGAGUGCUCCCAAAACCUAGUCUUAGGAGGACAAUAGAAGGGAGAUGGAGCAGUUCGAAAAAACACUCAACCUGGCGAAAAAAGCACUGAUUACAAUGCUAAAAACAUGGAAAGGGCUCAUUUAUCUCGGAAACUAGAGAAUCGCGAUGAGAUCUUUAGUUUAGACUCUAAGAUAGCCUAUACAUGAUAAAAUAAGGAACGCCAUAUAUGAUAUUAUAGGGGAGUUAUUAGCCUUAGGGGUUAAAGAGAGCAGCCAAUUAAUGCAAUGA